UAUUCAUAUUUUUAUCCAUCAGAAUGGAUGGAGACAAAAUGCAGGUGAAGCCAGAAAUGACAGCAAAUGAACCUCACUCUUCCUUUACAGGGAAUGAGACCUACAAAACCAUAAAUCCAUUUCUUACAAUAGUUGGGGAUUUCACUCUCUUCUACAUAACCGUCUCAAUCUGCUCUGUUAUACUUGGCCUACUUAUCAUUCUUAAUAUUGUGUGCUGCUGCUCCAGCUACACUGACUAUUGGCUUGAUAGACAUACAGAUAACCGCUGGACUGUGUCUAUAUGGUCAGCAACUCCAAGCAAGAAGCCUCUCCUAAACUUCGCAGAACUUGAGAGUCAACAACAAUACUUUGAGUACCCUGAAAAUACCACACAGUACCACAAGGUCCAUAACACAGAACUUAAUACUUUUGUUUCAAGACUGCCUCUUGCACCAGACUCUGUUACUAUUGAAUCACUAAAAUAUCUUGAAUUGCAUAAGCAAGAGAGUGACAUAUAAGUUUUCUUCUAUACAACAUGGCCUUCCUCAUGAUGUACCUGGCCAUAGCUAUCCUCUCUCUAUUUGUGUUGAUGUUUGUAAUACUGAUAAUUAAAUUUGGUUUACGCUUGUAUAAACUGAAACA